UUUCUCACUGAAACAAGCAGAUGUAAGAAUGCGUAACGGCACUUUAGUGGUUGGAAGUAACAUCUAAACCUUUUGGCUAAAAUGAAUGUAUUGUAUUGGGUUCUGCUUGCUCACUAACAUCAGAUAACAAUCUCAGGUAUACAAGCGUAGACUACAUUUAGCUGGCAUGCCAAGUAUGUGAAUAGGAGGAACUUUAAAAUAUCUAUCCCGCCAUUGUGCCCUUGGGUAGGGCACUUAACCUAUAACCUGCUCCAGGGCCGCUGUUCUGCCACUGACCGACCGGUGCCUCUCUCAACGUGUGUGUUUCUUCACCUAGGAGGGUUUGGAAAGGCAGAAGACAACUUUACUUUUGAAGUUUCACCCAACAAUGGACUACACGAUUAUAUUCUACUCUGUUCUGUUGUCGUAGAACACCGCAGUUCAAAAUGAACGUGUUGAAAAUGAGGAAAGCCGUAUUAAAAGAAGCGGUUAAACGCUUUCCAUGGCUUGCCAACGUUACUCUGUAUGGCUGCCUGUUUGCCGGCGGCGACUUUGUUCAUCAGAUGAUCGCACAAAGAGAAGAGAUGGACUGGAAACACACCAGAAAUGUUGCCAUAGUGGCCAUCAGCUUCCAUGGAAACUUUAAUUAUUUCUGGUUGCGGGCUUUGGAAAGCCGUUUCCCGGGAAAAUCUCCCGGAAUGCUCUUCCGCAAACUGCUCCUGGACCAAAGUUUUGCAUCACCCUUGGCAACGAGUGUCUUCUACACAGGAGUGAGUUUCUUGGAGAAUAAAGACGACGUCUUCGAGGACUGGAGAGAAAAGUUCCUCAACACGUAUAAGGUAAGAUGAAAUCAGAACGAACCGGAAACGACCGAGAGGCCGGCCGGCCGGCCCACGCAUACAGGCAGAGAAGGAAAGUCACCUUCCGCCCGCCUGGUGUGAGCUCACCCCCGAUUAACCCAGAUUAUGGCACCGCUUUUGCGCAGCAAUGGGCAGGCGGCCAGGGAUACGGCAGUGCAUGACUAUUACUGCCAGUCGAGCCCAACUCUUCCAGGCCCAACAACCUUUGUAAAAUAAUACUGACAUCUGGGUAGAACAUAUUCCCCCCAUUGAAAUAAAAUAAAAG